AUGGCCAUGCCUCAUCGAGAUGUGUCUCCAGCGGCCUCGGAGAACGAGUUCGAUAUCUCAAAUCUACUCUUUAAGGGGCAGGAUGAUCUUUCCGAUCUCGAGAGACCUUCCAAGAAAAGAAAGCCACAAGAAACCUUGAUCCUCGAUGUUAUGGGCGAUGGCGAUGAUGGCGCUGAUGGCGACGAAGAAUUCAUUGCUGCUCAGCAAACAGCAGCAAACCGUAAAGCGUCAAAUCUUAAAGGCCGAACUGUGAAAAAGGGUGGAGGUUUUCAGUCUCUAGGGCUUAAUGCAGCUCUUCUCAAGGCCAUUACGCGGAAAGGAUUUUCUGUCCCAACGCCCAUUCAGCGGAAAACUAUUCCACUUGUGUUGGAUGAUCAAGAUGUUGUAGGAAUGGCAAGGACUGGAUCGGGGAAAACUGCAGCAUUUGUGAUUCCCAUGAUUGAAAAGCUAAAAAGCCACAGCGCCAAAUUCGGGUCUAGGGCAUUGAUUUUGUCACCCUCUAGAGAAUUGGCCCUACAGACUCUCAAGGUCGUAAAAGAAUUGGGUCGUGGGACUGACCUGAAAUCCGUUUUGUUGGUUGGCGGUGAUAGCCUGGAGGAACAGUUUGAAUACAUGGCGAGUAACCCAGAUAUAAUUAUUGCGACACCUGGACGAUUCCUUCAUUUGAAAGUAGAGAUGUCCUUGGAUCUGUCGAGUAUCCGCUAUGUUGUCUUCGAUGAGGCAGAUAGGCUUUUUGAGAUGGGCUUUGCAACACAAUUAACCGAAAUUCUCCAUGGUCUGCCUUCAUCACGGCAAACCCUUCUAUUCUCUGCGACUUUACCUAAGUCUUUGGUGGAAUUCGCUCGAGCAGGUCUCCAGGAGCCAAUUUUGAUCCGCCUCGAUGCGGAAAGCAAGAUCUCACCGGACCUUCAAAACGCGUUUUUCACUGUGAAGUCUUCUGAGAAAGAGGGCGCUCUAUUACAUGUCUUACAUGAAGUGAUCAAAAUCCCUACCGGAGAGACAGAAGCGCAUAAACGCGCUAAGGAAGAAGUGAAGCAUUCAAAAAAACGGAAGCGGUCCGAAGUUACUUCAAAUUCCCAUAAAGAAUCGCCUACUGAAUACUCUACGAUUAUUUUCACGGCUACAAAGCAUCAUGUUGAUUACCUAACAUCAAUACUUCGUACAUCUGGCUUUGCCGUUUCCUACGCAUACGGUUCCUUAGACCAAACCGCUCGCAAAAUCGAGGUUCAAAAUUUUCGUGCCGGAAUAACACAUAUUCUCGUUGUAACCGAUGUUGCAGCCCGAGGAAUCGAUAUCCCGAUACUUUCCAAUGUGAUCAACUAUGAUUUCCCUUCACAACCUAAGAUAUUUGUUCACCGUGUUGGACGGACUGCUAGAGCUGGCAAGACUGGUUGGAGUUACAGCCUCAUCCGAGAAUCGGAUACUCCCUAUUUGCUCGACCUUCAACUUUUCCUUGGUCGGCCUUUGAUUUUAGGACGAGGUUCGGGUCACCAACUCAACUACGCCGAGAAUGUGGUUGUGGGUAGUUUACCGAGAGACAAGGUUGCCCGCUACACUGAAUGGAUGACCAAACUUUUGGAUGAAGAUGUCGAUGUUGAAUUGCAGCGCGAAGUUGCAAUGAAGGGCGAAAAACUGUACAUGAGGACAAGAAAUUCGGCCUCCGGUGAAAGCGCUAAGCGAGCAAAAGCAGUAGUUGAAUCGGCUGAGUGGAUGAUGGUGCAUCCACUUUUUAAUGAUGAAUCAAGCCGAUUGGAGGAGCAAAGAGAGAAGAUGCUUGCUCGCGUUGGAGGUUACAAACCACAGGAAACUAUUUUCGAGAUCAGUGGCAGACGUGGGGGAAAGAAUGGGAAUGAUGAGGCGAUUGAUAUGAUGAGAAAAAUGAGGUCGACACUUGAAUCUAAGAAAAAGCGAAAAGAGUGCGCACAAAAUAACACGCACGACUUGAGGAUAGCUAACCAUCACCCGCCGGACGAUAACGAUGACGCGGAUGAGUUGCGUGACUUCGAUGACGAGAAUGGUAAUGCAAUUGCUGCUGACAAUAUGUCGCUCGCAUCUGAUUCAGAACUUGAAGUCACAUUCUCCUAUCCACAGUCUGGCAAAUCUAAUUCGAAAAAGGACACAAAUAAUCCAAAUCUCAGAGAGUCCUUCCACAACCCAGAGUAUUUCAUGUCGUACACACCUGCAUCCAACUCUCUGGCUGAAGAUCGUGCAUACGGAGUUCAUUCAGGUUCAAACACCAAUUUCGUUGAAUCUUCACGCAUCGCGACUAUGGAUCUUGCGGGCGACGAAAGUACUUCACGGGGCUUUGGGGAACCACGCUCCAUCAUGCGCUGGGACAAGCGCCAAAAGAAAUAUGUAUCCCGUCGAAACGACGAGGAUGGUUCGAAAGGAGGUAAAAGCGACCUUCUCGUCCGUGGCGAGAGUGGAGUUAAGAUUGCGGCAAGUUUCCGAAGUGGACGUUUUGAUGCGUGGAAGAAAGGAAAGAGGAUCGGCCGCAUACCAAGGGUCGGAGAGGCGGAAGCGCCUGGCCUUGGUUCCGGUAUGCCCGGGGGCAAAAAGUACAGGCAUCGCAAAGAGCAGGCACCCAAAACUCCCGAUAAAUUUAGAGGUGAUUACGAGAAAAAGAAAAAGAAGUUGGAAGCUGCAAAGCAACGUGAGACAGAGAAGGCUUUUGAUCCUUCUUCCGGUGCUAAGAAGGCAGCCGUUACGAGUCGUGGCAAAAGUGAGCUUAAAACUGUUGAGGAUAUAAGGAAGGCUAGAAAGGUGAAGGAGAUGAGGAAACAGAAAAAUGCGCGACCUUCAAAGAAGGGCAAGGGGAGAUAG